AUGAAGUUGAGCGACUCACUACCAUGGACGAAAAGUCCCCUCGUCAUCAACGCUCCAAUGGGAGGAAUCGCACAAGCCGACCUCGCCAUCGCUGUGAGCAAAGCCGGCGGCCUGGGCCAAAUCGGCGUCGAUUAUAAUCUCGAAGCUUUCAAGACACGACUCUCGCAGGUCGAAGACGCCCUGGGUCGCCACAACGGGCUUCUACCCAUCGGAGUUGGCUUUCUCUCUUUCAUCGUCAACUCCGAUGCGGCCGUGGAUAUCGUUGGCAAGUUCAAGCCAGCCGUUGUUUGGGUCUUUGCUGCCAACGCUUUGGAUGACUAUACCGGAUGGGCGGAGGAAAUCCAGGUGGGGAAUGUCGAAGCUGCGUUGCGUGUGGCGGAGGGAGCCAGGCCGGAUGUGCUGUGUGUUCAGGGAGCGGAUGCAGGUGGGCACGGGUUUGAGAAAGAGGCUGGGAUUAUCUCAUUGCUGCCUGAGAUAUCAGAUGCACUUGCAGAAGCAGGCCACGAUAUUACUGCCGUUGCUGCCGGGGGUAUAGCUGAUGGUCGAGCUGGGGCUGCUGCAUUGAACCUGGGUGCACAGGGUGUCGUCUUGGGUACGCGAUUCUUGUCAGCGCCUGAGACCAAAUGGCAGAGUACCGUGCGAGCCAAGCUGUUUGAUGAGCUUCGAGGUCCCAAUCGAUGGCCGAACGCAUACGACGGGAGGAGCAUCCGCAUGAAGAGCUUCGAGGAGUACAAGGACGGAGUCGAUAUCGAUGAGAUUCGCAAACGCCACGCCGAGGCGAUUAAGGGGCCGGAUGCUGGCUUCGGCGCUGAGGGAAGAACAGCCAUGUGGGCGGGAUCUGGUGUCGGCCUGGUGAAGAAAGAGCAACCCGCCGCAGAGAUCGUGGGAGAGAUCCGCCAAGGCAUUGUUGAGGCGAUGGACACCGCUAGAACGCGGUUGUAA